GCUCCAGAUGGCGUCUUCUGUGGGCAACGUGGCCGACAGCACAGAACCAACGAAACGUAUGCUUUCCUUCCAAGGGUUAGCUGAGUUGGUACAUCGAGAGUAUCAGGCAGGAGAUUUUGAGGCAGCUGAGAGACACUGCAUGCAGCUGUGGAGACAAGAGCCAGACAAUACUGGAGUACUUUUAUUACUUUCAUCUCUACACUUCCAGUGUCGAAGGCUGGACAGAUCUGCCCACUUUAGUACUCUGGCAAUUAAACAGAACCCUCUUCUGGCAGAAGCCUAUUCGAAUUUGGGGAAUGUGUACAAGGAAAGAGGGCAGUUGCAGGAGGCAAUUGAGCAUUACCGGCAUGCAUUGCAUCUCAAACCAGAUUUCAUCGAUGGUUAUAUUAACCUGGCAGCCGCUUUGGUAGCAGCAGGCGACAUGGAAGGGGCAGUACAAGCUUACGUCUCUGCUCUUCAGUGCAAUCCUGAUUUGUACUGUGUUCGCAGUGACCUGGGGAACCUGCUCAAAGCCCUGGGUCGCUUGGAAGGAGCCAAGGCAUGUUAUUUGAAAGCAAUGGAGACGCAACCGAACUUUGCAGUAGCUUGGAGUAAUCUUGGCUGUGUUUUCAAUGCACAAGGGGAGAUUUGGCUUGCCAUUCAUCACUUUGAAAAGGCUGUCACGCUUGACCCCAAUUUUCUGGAUGCUUAUAUCAAUUUAGGAAAUGUCUUGAAAGAGGCACGGAUUUUUGACAGAGCUGUGGCAGCUUACCUUUGUGCCCUAAGCUUGAGCCCAAAUCAUGCAGUGGUACAUGCCAACCUGGCUUGUGUAUACUAUGAGCAAGGCCUGAUGGAUCUGGCAGUAGACACCUACAGGCGAGCUAUUGAAUUGCAACCACAUUUCCCUGAUGCUUACUGCAACCUAGCCAAUGCUCUGGAAGAGAAGGGCAGUGUUGCCGAAGCAGAAGAGUGUUAUAAUACAGCUCUGCGGCUGUGUCCCACCCAUGCAGACUCUCUGAAUAACCUAGCCAAUAUCAAAGGAGACCAGGGAAACUUUGAAGAGGCAGUUCGCUUGUAUUGUAAAGCAUUAGAAGUCUUCCCAGAGUUUGCUGUUGCCCAUUCAAAUUUAGCAAGUGUAUUGCAGCAGCAGGGAAAACUGCAGGAAGCUCUGAUGCAUUAUAAGGAGGCUGUUCGAAUCAGUCCUACCUUUGCUGAUGCCUACUGUAACAUGGGAGACACUCUAAAGGAGAUGCAGGAUGUUCAGGGAGCCUUGCAGUGUUAUACUCGUGCCAUUCAGAUUAACCCUGCACUUGCGGAUGCCCACAGCAAUCUGGCUUCCAUUCACAAGUAUUCAGGGAAUAUUCCAGAAGCAAUUGCUUCUUAUCGCACUGCUCUGAAGCUUGAACCUGAUUUUCCUGACGCUUAUUGUGAUUUGGCUCAUUGCCUGCAGAUUGUCUGUGAUUGGACAGACUAUGAUGAGCGAAUGAAGAAGUUGGUCAGCAUUGUGGCUGACCAGCUGGAGAAGAAUAGGUUGCCUUCUGUGCAGCCUCAUCAUAGUAUGCUCUAUCCUCUUUCUCAUGGCUUCAGGAAGGCUAUUGCUGAGAGCCAUGGGAACCUCUGCUUGGAUGAGAUCAGUGUCCUUCAUAAACCACCGUACGAACAUCCAGAAGACUUGAAGCUCAGUGAUGGUCGACUGCGUGUAGGAUACGUGAGUUCUGACUUCGGGAAUCAUCCUACUUCUCAUCUUAUGCAGUCUAUUCCAGGCAUGCACAAUCCUGAUAAAUUUGAGGUAUUCUGUUAUGCCCUGAGCCCAGAUGAUGGCACAAACUUCCGAGCGAAGGUGAUGGCAGAAGCCCAUCAUUUCAUUGAUCUUUCUCAGAUUCCAUGCAAUGGGAAAGCAGCUGAUCGCAUCCAUCAAGACGGUAUACACAUCCUUGUAAAUAUGAAUGGUUAUACCAGGGGUGCUCGAAAUGAACUCUUUGCUCUCAGGCCAGCUCCUAUUCAGGCAAUGUGGCUGGGCUACCCUGGGACCAGUGGCGUGCUUUUCAUGGAUUAUAUCAUCACUGAUCAGGAAACUUCACCUGCUGAAGUUGCUGAGCAGUAUUCUGAGAAACUGGCUUAUAUGCCCCAUACUUUCUUUAUUGGUGAUCAUGCUAAUAUGUUCCCUCACCUGAAGAAGAAGGCAGUCAUCGAUUUUAAGUCCAAUGGGCACAUUUAUGACAAUCGGGUUGUGCUGAAUGGCAUCGACCUCAAAGCAUUUCUUGAUAGUCUCCCAGAUGUGCAGAUUGUCAAGAUGAAAUGUCCUGAUGGAGGAGACAAUGCAGACAGCAGUAAUACGGCUCUUAAUAUGCCUGUCAUUCCUAUGAAUGCUAUUGCAGAGGCAGUUAUUGAAAUGAUUAACAGAGGACAAAUUCAGAUAACAAUUAAUGGAUUCAGUCUUAGCAAUGGACUGGCAACUACCCAGAUCAACAUUAAGGCUGCCACUGGAGAGGAGGUUCCCCGUACCAUUAUUGUAACCACACGUUCUCAGUACGGGUUACCGGAAGAUGCCAUUGUGUACUGUAACUUCAAUCAGUUAUAUAAAAUUGACCCAUCUACUUUGCAGAUGUGGGCAAAUAUUCUGAAGCGUGUUCCCAAUAGUGUGCUGUGGCUGUUGCGUUUUCCAGCAGUAGGAGAACCUAAUAUUCAACAGUAUGCACAAAAUAUGGGCCUUCCCCAGAAGCGUAUCAUUUUUUCACCUGUUGCUCCUAAAGAGGAACAUGUUCGGAGAGGCCAGCUGGCUGAUGUCUGCUUGGACACUCCACUCUGUAAUGGACACACCACAGGGAUGGAUGUCCUUUGGUCAGGGACACCCGUGGUGACUAUGCCAGGAGAGACUCUUGCUUCCCGAGUUGCAGCUUCCCAGCUCACUUGUUUAGGCUGUCUUGAGCUUAUUGCUCAAAAUAGACAAGAAUAUGAAGACAUAGCUGUGAAACUGGGAACUGAUCUAGAAUACCUGAAGAAAAUUCGUGGCAAAGUCUGGAAGCAGAGAACAUCUAGCCCUCUGUUCAACACCAAACAAUACACAAUGGACCUAGAGCGGCUCUAUCUACAGAUGUGGGAGCAUUACGCAGCUGGCAACAAACCUGAUCACAUGAUUAAGCCUGUUGAAGUCACUGAGUCGGCCUAAAUAAUGACUGUGUGCACAGGAGAAUUACCCUGUACCUGAGCCUCAACCUUCUGGGGGAAAGGGAACUACUUUUUCCUUAUCUGUACAAUACCAUGCUGCAGAUGGGUGACAGACAAUGAUAAGAAAUAGCACAGCCAGACUUGCUUCCUGCAUGAUCAUGAUCACGAUAGGGAGAGACACAAGAGAUGGGAAACUGCUGUUCCACAAGGAGUCUCCAUAGAAUUUUGCAGCAGCCAGGUGUCUGGAAGGUCUGGAAGGUAAGUCUGGAAGGUCUGAUCUCCCUUGGUCUUCCAUGGGAUGGAUGGUUAGUGUGGAAGGGAGAUAGAGAUUGCCCAGCCGUUUUGUGAUUAUCAUGGAUUGAUUGAGUCUUCUGAAUUAAUAUUUUUCUUUAUAUUUUGGGUAUUGGAGCUUUUAAAAAUGUUUGGUUUCAGGUAUUUUUAUUCAUGUGAAGUGUGUACGAUUCUCUUGAGAUAAGCUUUUAAGCUAAAAUAUUCCUUGUUUUAGUUUCUGAACUCGACAGAUAAAUGGGGACUUUGCUGGUAUAGUCUUUUUAUAGGUUUUGUAAACCACUUGAGCCUAUAUCAGUCAUUUUAGUGUCUGACAUAAUGUUCGGAACUAUCAGUGCUUUGUUGGUUUAUAGAUGAUGGCUUAAAUUCUUUUCCUGGUCCGUUUCCUUCUUCCCUUCCCCCUACUUUAAAAAUUCUCCUGUAACUUGGCUAACAAAAAACCAAGUCUGAUUCAAAACCUCCCAGAGUGUUUCUCUUAACCGCAUCAUCUGGUGCCAAAUGAAGAUUCUUAGGAGUGAUUAUUAAUUCUGAAGGGCACAGUUGUGGUACUGUCACUGAUGAUAAUAAUAAUGGAUUUUUGGCCUAGAGUUUUGACCUAUUUCACCAGUGUUUUACCGUUGACUGCCCCUCUAUGCUGCUUCCAAAAGUCAUAGUGUGUGUUAAGAUUUUUACUUUCAUUUCUAAUGUUUGUUUGUUUUUUUUAGUGAGUCCUGUUCUUCCUUUUUCUUUCAGCAGAAAUGAAAUCCCAGGUAAGUAUAAGUAUUCAAAUAUUUGAUCAGUAAGUCACAGUUAUCUCCAGUACAUUAAAUAACUUUCAUCAAAAAACAUGUUAUAGGUAAAAAGCUCUGAAGGACCAGCUAUGUAUAUGAUAAUUAUGUUUCAGACCUUCUAGGGUAUUAUAUAUAAUAACUUGUCUUCUGGACGUGGUCUUGAAGUCUUUAUGGAUUCAGUCUCAGUAGUAGCGAACUGCACUGCUACUUGGUUUGGAGUACAAAUUAGAUUUUAGCCCUCCUGGAGGUUGAGUUUUUGGUAUUGAAAACCAUAGGAAUGAAAUUAUUGUAUUUCAACAAAGGAUCGAGGGCUUGAGGCUUAAACAAGGCAACAUACGUGUGGGAAGCAGUCAGCCUUGAGGGCAGGUAAGGACAUGCCAGGCAUGCGGCCGCUGCUCGAAGGGACUGUCCCUACUUGUUCCCCUCCUUGUUCCAUUCCAUGGGAGAUAAAUCACCAGGGCCCAGAGAUCAGAAAGAAUGUAAAAUGAGACAAGCAAAGCUGUCUCCCCCCUGCACAUGCAGGUUAUUUUUGAUGCUUCUGGGUUUAUGGGUUUCCUCCCAGGGAAGUUAACCUUGAGCCGAGACAGUCUGUAGAUAAUGUAAUCCACCAUCUGUCAACCUUCCUUUUUCUAGUCUAGAUAAUCUGCAACUGUAGCGCAAUAAAAUUUGCCUUGCAACCAUCAGUUGUCUUGGUCCUUCUGACCCCAUUCGUCGGUGCCACUUCAGUUCCUUACCCCUUCCCUUCUGACCCUGGGCGGUGAGAUCCUCUUUCUCCGGCUGGUCCGCGGCACACAUGAAUAUAUGUUUUUGUCUUGCUGUACUGCACCUGUGCUGUCUAGUAACAGAUAUUUUGUCUGCUAG